GUGUGUAGAAGUCAGCGCCUGGUGCUGCUCUCGUUAAUGAACCUCAUAAAGUAAUUAAGAAAGACAACUGGUGUGCGUAUGUAUGCGUAUAUACAGUAUAUGAUUAUAUAUACUGAGAAUUCAUGGGUGUUUAUUGAUACUAUCUGUAGCUAAAAGUACUGAACCUGAGCGCUGACUGGACUAAUACGAGUGAUUCUGUGAAAACGAAACUAGAGUUGGCCGAGGGAGAGUCCACACGAGAAAACCGACAGGAAGAAACACAGAGAACCACAGGAGAAAACGACAGAAUGGCUGCUAACAUAUCACAGUCUGAAGCGGAUUUCACCUGCCCUGUGUGCUGUGAUAUAUUUAAGGAUCCCGUCGUCUUGUUGUGCGGUCACAGCUUCUGUAAGCACUGUCUUCAGGAGUGGUGGAGGCAAAGUAGACUCCAAGCAUGCCCAGUGUGCAAGGAAAUAUUUCCAAUGGCUCAGCCCCCACGUAAUCUGGCUCUAAGAAACCUGUCUGACAGCAUGAGACUACAGAGGAGCAAGAGAGAGACGUCAGGAUCUCAGGGGCUUUGCAGGCUGCACAGUGAGAAACUCAAACUCUUCUGUCAGGAUGAUCAGCAGCUCAUCUGUGUGAUUUGUAGGGAUGCACAAAAACAUAAGAAACACAACUGCGUCCCCAUCAAUGAAGCAGCAGAAGAACAUAAGACCAACCUCAAAGUUGGGCUGAUGCAUUUAAAAAGCAAACUGGGGUCAUUUAAAACACAAAAACUCAACUGUGAUAAAAUGGCCAGCCACAUCAAGCUCCAGGCUCAGCGGACGGAGAAGACAAUCAAAGAGGAGUUUCAGAAGCUGUACCAGUUCCUGAGAGCAGAGGAGGCUGCCAGGAUAGAUGCAGUGAGGAAGGAGGCGACACACAAGAGCGAGGCAAUCAACAUCAGGACUGUGAAUCUGAAUGCAGAGAUCUCCUCGCUCACAGACAAAAUCCAAAAAAUAGAGGAAGAAAUGAGAGCUGAUGACUUCUCAUUCAUGAUGAAUGUCAAAACCACUAGGAAGCGAUCCCAGUGGAACCUGCCAAUACCAGAGACUCCAUCAGGAGCCCUGAUCGAUGAGGCCAAACAUGUAGGAAACCUGCUGUUCACAGUCUGGAAGAAGAUGAAGAGUAUAAUCCAAUACACUUCUGUAAUUCUGGACCCCAACACUGGCUGCUCUUCUCUGACCACAUCGGAGCACUUGACCCGUUCAACAGUUAGUGACAAGUGUCAGCCACUACCUGAAAAUCCUGAAAGGCUGCGCAGCACCGACAUUCUUGGAUCUGAAAGCCUUAGCUCUGGGAAACACAGCUGGGAUGUGGAGCUGGGGGGUUAUUGGUAUGUUGGUGUGGCUGCUAGAACCAAGGACCAAACUUCUGAUAAGAUCUGGGGCAUCUACAUGUGUGUUUGCACAAACAUUAUGCGUGAACUUACUCCAAAGGACUAUGUGAAAAUCGUAUCUGAAGAUUUGUUUCCCCAAAAGGUCAGAGUGCAGCUAGACUAUGACCAAGGAAUACUAUCAUUUUUUGACCUUGAUAGGAAAACACCUGUACACACCAUCAAACACACUUUCACAGAACCAGUUUUUCCAUAUUUUCGUGAAAAUGCCAAAAUCCUUCCAUCUGAAUUGUCAGUGAGGAUAAGACAACUGAGAUAAACAUUCUGCAUUACUGCAGAGGUCAAACAACCAGAUGAGCCCUUGAAAUGGUGUUUACUUGUUGCCAUGUUAUUAAGUACUACAAUCUUUGUCAAAAAAAUGUUUAUUUCUUUUGACUUCCUUGAUUUGUUUAUGUUUCUCAGAUUUCAGGUAUCUAUUUGUAACUUUGUUUGGCCAAUAAUUUGUUAAUGUUUGGAGUAAGUAUUGUCAUCAUGCAGGCUUUCCCUGUUGUCUAUUUGGUUUAGUCUCCCUUAAAGGGGCACUCCACACAUUUUUACACAUCCAGUUCAGUUUACUCGUCACACAGUCAUUAGGGUGACCUCAGCUUAGGUAUGAAACUUCAACAAACUUGGAAGUCUAGUAUUUGAAAAAAACAAACAUUAAGGAGGCAGGGGAGUGUAAUGAAAUAGAAUACUGGGUUGCAUUAUGGGAAUUGUAGGAUCCAGUGUCUCUGUAGGUUGGCUAGGGACUAAGAGUCAGAACAUCUCGCCAUCUGCUGCUUCAAUUUUGACCAUUCUUUUUUAAAAAUCUCUCUCUUGUGAGUUCCCCAACUCUAUGGAAGUAUGAUCCGUGGAGUCGCCGUGUAACAUAAUUCACGGCAUGUUUUUAAUAGAUUGGAUGAUUUACAGGUUGGCAGAGAUAUGGUUAAAUAUCUGGAAUGUGUUUGAGGUUUCAAAGUCUUUUCUGACUUGAAUUUAUCCUUUGUAUCAACUGUUAUGAUUUAAUUGUAUAUAUUAGUUGUUGUCUUAAGGAUAGUGAAAUGAAACUUUCGAUAUAUCAUGUAAAUAUUUAAUGAUCAGAUUAAUAACAGGGAUAAAAAAAAUCCUGUUUUUUAUUUUUAUUUUGUUUUCUCCUACCCUGUUUUUUUUUUUACCUUUGAGGCUAUUUUUUGUGUUCGGGCUUAAUAAAUUAAAGUCACUUAACCUGCACAACUGUCAAUAUCGGUUGAAAAAAACUGAUUACACUUAAAGAAAACUGUUAAAAACACUACUGUUAAUAUACCGAAUACCACCACAUCUAACAUGAACCUUGAAAACACUAUAAGCAAGCUGAAAACAAACUAAUAAACACAUGCA